AAAAAAACCUAAAAAAAAAAAAAAGAAAAAUUAAAAUUAAAAUAUACAGCUUCUUCAGUUGAAGACGGGCAUUUGUAAAGGUGACUGACCAUGAACUCCAGUGGCCCUGGAUAUCCACUUGCUUCUCUCUAUGUUGGAGAUCUCCAUCAUGAUGUCACAGAGGCUAUGCUGUAUCAGAAAUUCUCUCCUGCUGGACCAAUCAUGUCUAUCAGAGUAUGUCGUGAUAUUAUAACCCGCAGGUCUCUUGGAUAUGCUUAUGUAAAUUUUCAGCAACCAGCUGAUGCUGAAUGUGCUUUGGAUACUAUGAAUUAUGAAGUGAUUAAAGGUAGACCAAUAAGAAUAAUGUGGUCACAGAGAGAUCCAGGCCUGCGGAAGUCAGGGGUUGGAAAUAUAUUUAUUAAGAAUAUGGAUGAAUCAAUCGACAAUAAAGCUCUGUAUGAUACAUUCUCUGCUUUUGGAAACAUUUUGUCAUGCAAGGUUGUGUGUGAUGAGAAUGGUUCUAAAGGAUAUGGGUUUGUUCAUUUUGAAACACAUGAAGCAGCGAACAGAGCCAUAGACACUAUGAAUGGGAUGUUGUUAAAUGACCGCAAAGUUUUUGUGGGUCAUUUCAAGUCCCGAAAAGAGAGAGAAGCAGAGUUUGGUGCCAAAGCAAUGGAGUUUACUAAUGUUUAUAUCAAGAACUUUGGGGAAGAUGUUAAUGAUGAAAAGUUAAGAGAGAUAUUCUCUCAGUAUGGAAGGACCCUGAGUGUAAAGGUUAUGGUUGAUGAAAGGGGCCGGUCUCGGGGAUUUGGAUUUGUUAAUUUUGAGAAGCAUGAAGAAGCACAAAAAGCUGUUGAGGCAAUGAAUGGAAAGGAACUAAAUGGUAGAAUAAUUUAUGUUGGAAGGGCCCAGAAGAAAUUGGAGAGGCAGGGAGAACUAAAGCGCCGGUUUGAGCAGUUGAAACAGGAGAGAAUUCAUAGAUAUCAGGGUGUCAAUCUAUAUGUAAAGAAUUUGGAUGACGGUAUUGAUGAUGAAAAAUUAAGGAAGGAGUUUGCACCCUAUGGAACCAUUACAAGUGCCAAGGUAAUGACUGAGGCUGGGCACAGUAAAGGGUUUGGAUUUGUCUGCUUCUCAUCUCCUGAAGAGGCUACAAAAGCAGUAACUGAAAUGAAUGGUCGCAUUGUCAGCACUAAGCCACUUUAUGUGGCUUUGGCUCAGAGGAAAGAAGAAAGGAAGGCUAUUCUGACAAAUCAGUAUAUGCAGAGACUUGCCAGUGUCCGUGCAAUGCCAGGCCCAGUCAUUGGUGCAUACCCGCAGUCUUCAGGAUUCUUCAUGUCUGCUAUUCCACAGACUCCGAACAAGCCUUUUUAUGCUCCAAAUGCAGUUACCCAAAUUAGACCUGCACCACGCUGGAUUGCUCAGCCACCUCGUCCCCAUGCAUAUCAAGCACCUGGGCCCUUAGUGAGAGCAACUGUUACAAGGCGACCUUCAACUCCUAUUAGCACUAUGAGGCAGGCAUCUACACAGGCUCCCCGUGUCAUAAGUAACACACAGAGAAUGGCCAAUAUAGGAACACAGACAACUGGUGGCCGUUCUGCUCUAGGUACUCCAAUGGUACGAGGCAUUAAUCAGUACAAGUAUUCUCCAGGAGUUAGGAAUGUACAACAUAUUCUGACAGUUCCAACACCAGUGGCUACACAACCAGUAAUGGAACCAGCUGUUCGUGUACAUGGGCAGGAACCCCUCACUGCCUCCAUGCUGGCUUCGGCACCUAUGCAAGAACAGAAGCAAAUGCUGGGUGAGCGUCUCUACCCUUUGAUCCAUGCCAUUCAUCCUUCACUGGCUGGCAAGAUUACUGGCAUGUUGCUGGAGAUAGACAAUUCUGAGCUUUUGCACAUGCUUGAGUCACCAGAGUCUCUCCAUUCUAAGGUUGAUGAAGCAGUAGCCGUACUACAGGCACAUCAGGCUAAAGAAGUGUCCUCAAAAUAGCUAUGCAAAAGCAGUUCAGGUUGAUGGAACAAAGAUUCCAGCUAAAGGAAUACUCUCCUAACAAAAUUUUGGCAGACUGUUUUGAAGUUGUAAGUUUAGGUUUGUGGAAAUGAUGUUCUGUUCUAGUGGUUAUGAAAGCUGAAUAUUCAUGUUUUGUUUGGGCAUUAAAUAAAAAAAUGAAGUUAGUAUUACUAAACUGGAUUUUCUUUAA